AUGGAAGAUGAGGACAUCACAGGAGAUUGUGGAGGAGAAAAGACAAUGAGCUCCACUAUGGAUGGAGGACUUCACAGUGUGGAUAGACCAUGGAAUCCCUCCGACUCUGAGCAACCUCGUACUCUGAGGGGCGGGGCCGGGAUUCAGGAGGAGAAGUCAUGUUCCUGUCUUGAGUGCGGAAAAUGUUUUACAAGUAUAUCAGCCCUUGUUGUACAUCAAAGAUCUCACAUAGGGGAGAAGCUGUUUCCCUGCAUUGAGUGCAGGAAAUGUUUUUCAACAAAGUACUCGCUUCUCAGUCAUCAGAGAUUGCACACGGGCGAGAAGCCGCAUGUCUGCUCUGCGUGCGGAAAAUGUUAUAGGAAGAAAUCUCAACUUAAAAGACACCAUCAAUAUUACAAAGGUGAGGAGCAGUAUUCCUGCUCUAAGUGCGGGAAAUGUUUUUCGCAAAAGUGCGGUCUUAAUGAGCAUCUGAAGUGUCACACGGACGAGAAGCCAUAUUGCUGUUUUGAGUGUGGAAAAAGUUUUUCAUGGAUGUCUGAUGUCACUAGACACCAUAUUAUAUCCCAUAUGCAGAAUCAGCUGUUUCCCGGUUUUUUGAUGCGGGAAAUGUUAUCUACGGAGAUCAAAAGUCGCCAGACAUCAAAGAUCUCACAGAAGGAAGAGGCCGUGCUUCAGCCCUGA